AUGCCGGGAAGAAAAAGAAAGGGAAAAUCAAAUUGGAGUUCAGAUGCGGUUAAACAGGCGAGGCGCAGGAGAGAAAAUGAAACUGCUGAGCAAAAAGCAGCACGACUAAAAAAAGAUAGGGAACGAAAACAUAAACAGCGCGAAGAUGAAACAGAGGAAGAAAGAUUACACCGUCUAAAAGAGCAAGCAGAACGAACAAAAGAUAAUAUCAACGACGAAACAGAAGAAGAAAGGUUGCAGCGUUUACAGAGAGUGUUAGAAAGAAGGAAAUCAGAAAUAGCCACAGAGACAGAAGAAGAAAGGUCGCAGCGAUUACAGAGAGUGUUAGAAAGAAGGAAAUCAGAAAUAGCCACAGAGACAGAAGAAGAAAGGUCGCAGCGAUUACAGAGAGUGUUAGAAAGAAGGAAAUCAGAAAUAGCCACAGAGACAGAAGAAGAAAGGUCGCAGCGAUUACAGAGAGUGUUAGAAAGAAGGAAAUCAGAAAUAGCCACAGAGACAGAAGAAGAAAGGUCGCAGCGAUUACAGAGAGUGUUAGAAAGAAGGAAAUCAGAAAUAGCCACAGAGACAGAAGAAGAAAGGUCGCAGCGAUUACAGAGAGUGUUAGAAAGAAGGAAAUCAGAAAUAGCCACAGAGACAGAAGAAGAAAGGUCGCAGCGAUUACAGAGAGUGUUAGAAAGAAGGAAAUCAGAAAUAGCCACAGAGACAGAAGAAGAAAGGUUGAACCGUUUGAAAGAUAUGGCGGUACGGACUAAAAAUAAAACGAUGAAUGAAACCGGGGAAGAGAGAUCUGAACGAUUGAAAAAUAUGUCGAUAAGAAACAAAAAUAGAAUUACCACUGAGACGGAUACUAAUAGAUACAAACGUUUGAAAGAUCAGACAGAACGUAAUAAAAAGAUGUUGCUUAGUGAAACAGAACAGCAACAAUUGCAGAUGACCACGCCCCGAACUACGAUAGCCCGCACACACCGUCCUCUGUCUGCCGAUGUUGGGCACAUGGAUAAGAUUUGUGCCCACUGCCGUGCUUAUCGCUUCCAUGGAGAGACUGCUAACUUUUGUUGUAUGAGCGGAAAAGUCAAUAUGGCCAAUCUGCCUCCACUCCCACAUGAGCUUCAACGUCUGUUCAGUAGUAACCAGCCUGACGCCAGGGAGUUUAGAAAAAACAUAAGGCAGUAUAACUGCCUGUUCCAGAUGACUUCAUUUGGUGGUAAGGAAGUAUUUUCUCAAAAGCGCGGCUGGAACCCAUCUGUCAUCAUCCAAGGACAAAUCCAUCAUUAUAUAGGCUCCCUAAUUCCAGAACCCCACAAACAAGCACAGUUUCUACAAAUUUACUUUUUAGACCCACAGGACAGCGUUAAACUUAGAAUGGAUAUAUUAGAAAACGGGGGGAUUCAACGUGAUAUUGUAGAGUUGUUAGAGGGCGUUUUUAGAACAUACAAUCCCUAUGUUAGGUCCCUGACGCUAGCUAAAGAACAAAUUAAAGAUAUCCCAGAGGCUAGGAUUGUUAUUGACCCCAACAGACGGCCAUCCCAGGAACAUGAGAGGAGGUUUAAUGCGCAGGCCGCCAAUGAGGUGGCGGUUAUUUUAGAAAAUAACAAUUCCCCCGAAGUAACGUCAAGGCAUGUGGUGUUAAAACAAAAAGGUGGAAAAGUUCAAAUAAUAUCCGAGUCCCACCGAUCAUACGACUGCUUGCAGUAUGUUAUUUUUUUUCCAUGGGGUGAAGAUGGUUGGCACAGUCAAUUACAGCUGACAAACCAAAAGAAGUUAACGGCUAUGCGGUACUAUUCUUUCCGCAUACAAAAUCACGAGCAUGAAUUUAACCACAUACUCAGGGGAGGACGACUGUUCCAGCAAUAUUUGGUCGACAUGGCUGCAAAGAUGGAAGGCGAACGUCUGAACUUUAUAAGAACUAACCAAGUUUCAUUACGAUCAUCUACUUAUAAAGGCCUUACAGAUGCACUGAACGAUAACGAUGAUCUACAAAAUAUCGGCAAGCGCGUCAUUCUUUCGUCAACUUUUGUCGGCGGACCAAGGUACAUGAUGGAGAGAUGCCAGGAUGCCAUGAUGUACAUACGCAAAUAUGGCAAUGCAUCAUUCUUCAUAACCAUGACCUGUAAUCCAGACUGGCCAGAAAUACAGGAAAAUUUAUUUUUAAAUCAAAAACCUUAUGACAGACCUGAUCUUAUUGCUAGAGUUUUUGAAUUAAAAAGAAAAUUAUUCCUCAAGUACUUGACAGGGCCUGACGGUUUGUUAGGCAGGUGCAUUGCUUUUAUAAUAAGCACCGAAUACCAAAAGCGAGGUCUGCCUCAUCUGCACUGUUUACUUUGGCUCGAUGAAGAAACCAAACCUCGACCAAAUGUGUAUGACCAGUACGUGCAGGCUGAGAUACCUAACCCAUUGGAAGAUGCUGAGGGACACGCUUUAGUUCUAAGGCACAUGAUUCAUGGUCCGAACUGUUGUGUCACAUCUCCUUGUUGGAAAAAUGGCGCGUGUUCUAAACGCUAUCCUAAAUCUUUCGCCGAACACACAAUGUGUGGAGAGGAUUCAUAUCCCGUAUAUAGGAGAAGAUCGGUGGAUAUGGGUGGAUUUUUCGGCUACAAAGAAGGGAGAGAGGGAACACCAAUAACAUCUGAGUGGGUCGUCCCUCACAAUAUGCAGCUCUUGAAAAUAUUUAACUGUCAUUUGAAUGUGGAAGUCUGCACUUCGGUUAAAUCAAUAAAAUAUGUCGUUAAAUACACACUAAAAGGCAGUGACCAGGCAAUGUUUGGUCUCAAGCAAAACGACGAAAUUGCCCAGUAUUUGGCAGGCCGCUACAUUGGCCCAUCUGAAGCUGUUUCGUCCAUUUUAGGAUUUCCGGUUCAUGAAAGAGACCCCCCGGUAGUUAGGCUGCAAGUCCAUCUUCCCGACGAACAACAUGUUUAUUUUCAAGACACUGCUGGGCUUACAAACACAGAGAUGUGUAAAACAACUCUAACCCAGUUUAUGAAAUUAAACACAGAUGACCACUUUGCCAGAACAUUGUUUUAUGCUGAAGUACCACGGUACUUUACCUGGGCCAAUAAGCAAUGGCAGCGAAGAAAGGUUGGAAAAGAAAACCCAAAUCAUCCAGGGAGGUUUGAGGCCAAUGUUUUGGGACGGGUCUACACAGUUUCACCACGAUGUGGUGAAUUGUACUAUCUACGGCUCCUUCUGCACCACGUAAAAGGACCGCAAUCUUUCGAUGAUUUAAAAAAACACGAUGAAAAAACCUUGGCCACAUUCAAAACAGCGUGUAUAGCAAGGGGCCUCUUACAGACUGAUGAUCACUGGCGUCAGACAUUACUAGAUGCAGAAAACACGAGACUGCCGAGGGCUAUGCGAGAUUUAUUUGUAGUCCUGCUGACACAUGAGGAAAUUGUCAACCCUAAAGAGCUGUGGGAGCAGUUUAAAAACUCUAUGUCACAGGACUACUUAAAGGCGGACAUGUCUACUCGCACAAAUGAGAACCCAAAUCACCAUGACCAGGCACUCUUAUAUAUUCAAGAGAAGCUAGAAGCAUACGGCAAAAGACUCGCUGACUACAGUUUGCCGACACCAACUUCUCUACGUUAUCUUGGACACAAUGAGGAUAUAACCAAAGAGACGAGCUACUGCAGGGAAAAAUUGUCCAUUUACGUCCGAGAAAAGGCACCCAUGUUGAACUGUGAGCAGUUAGCAGUAUACAAUUAUGUAUUAGAGUGUCUUGAGGAAAAUAAACCAUCCAUGAUUUUUAUUGAUGCCCCUGGAGGAACAGGUAAAACUUUCCUCAUAAAUUUAAUAAUAUCACUGGUAAGAGCCAAAGGAGAUAUCGCCCUUGCAGUGGCAUCUUCAGGUAUAGCAGCAACAUUGAUGCCUGGUGGCAGAACUGCCCAUUCCCGUUUUAAAAUCCCAAUAAUAGUAGAUGACAAUUCAGUAUGCAACAUAGAAACGAACUCGAAUACCGCAGGUCUUCUCCGCCAAACAAAGCUGAUUGUUUGGGAUGAAUGCUCCAUGGCCAGACGAGAAUGUUUUGAAGCUGUUGACAGAACACUGCGCGAUGUCUGUCAUAAGGACGUCGCUUUUGGAGGCAUCAUCACUAUUUGCUGUGGAGAUUUUCGACAGCUUCUGCCUGUAGUCAAGCGUGGAAACGAAGUAGACAUACAAAAUGCCUCCAUUAAAAAAUCUUACCUUUGGGAGUUAUUUACAAAGUUUAAUUUGAAUUUAAACAUGCGUCUUGAAGAAGGAGAAAUUGACUACAGCAGGUUCUUAUUGAACGUUGGGGAAGGUAAAGUACCUACAAAUGAAAAUGGGGAAAUAGAAUUACCGGAAGAUAUGGUCCUCAACAAUAUUUCUAUCGAACAAUGUAUGAAAAACAUAUACCCUUCAUUUGAAGAACCCAAGGUGGUAUUUUCAAAAAGAUGCAUUUUGGUGCCAUUGAAUGAAAAUUUAAGAACAAUAAAUUCAAUGUGCAUAAGAGAAUUUCCCGGUCAGUUGAAAGAAUAUUUCUCUUUCAACUCUGUAAUUGAAGGAACUGACUCUGCACAUUUUCCCACUGAAUUUUUAGAUUCUGUUGAGUUGUCUGGUCUGCCACCGCAUAGGUUGGAACUAAAAAUAGGUUCCCCUAUAGCACUGUUACGAAAUCUUGAUCCCCCAAGAUUGUGCAAUGGAACUAGACUAAUAAUUCAAGCGUUGCACAACAACCUUAUAGUUGCUAAAAUACUUAUAGGACAAUAUCAAAACGAAACUGUUUUAAUACCAAGAAUAACAGUAAAAUUAACUGAAGGCGACGAUAUUCCCCUACAAAGAACACAGUUUCCAGUCCAGUCAUGUUUUGCCAUGACAAUACACAAGGCUCAAGGGCAGACCAUGGAAAAUGUCCUUAUUUACUUAGAAAAACCUGUAUUUCAGCAUGGUCAGUUAUAUGUAGCACUUAGCCGAGGAAGAAGAAAGGAAAAUGUUAAGGUGCUUUUAAAAGAUAGCAUAUUUACAAGGAAUGUAGUCAUUAGAAGUAUUUUGCAAUAA